UAUGACAACAAAUAUUUAAGUGAUUUGUCGGUUUAGACCAUCCAUUGCUGGUUAAGUUGAAAGCUAGAUUUAUUUUGCUGAUGAUAAGAGUGUUCUAAUAGAAAAUCAAUAAUUUAACUUUGAUCAUAUCUUUCAUCCUGGAAGAUAAAUAGAAGUAUUUUAGGUAGCUGCAGAACCUGUAAUUAAAGGUGUGUUAGAGGGAUUUAACGGAACUGUUGUAGCUUAUGGAUAAACAGGAUCUGGAAAAACACAUACAAUGGAAGGCUCAAUUGGAGAAGAAUAAGGAAUCAUAAAAAGAAUGGUUAAUACAGUUUUUGAUUAUAUUGAAGCAAGUCCAGAUUAUAUUGAAUACAGAAUUAAAAUAUCUGUAGCUGAAUUAUAUAUGGAAAAAGUGAGAGAUUUAUAGAACAUCAAGAAGAGUGAUUUAAAAAUAAGAGAGGACAAGAAUCAUUCUACAUAUAUAGAUGGAGUAACUGAAACAUCUAUUGCUGAUUAAUCUGAAAUUUAUGAUAUUCUAAAGAUGUGUAAUUCUAAUAGGAUGAUUGCCAGUACAAAUAUGAAUGAAUAAUCAUCUCGUUCCCAUAUGAUAUUUUUAAUGACAGUUUAAUCAAUUGAUUUAAGAGAUUAAUCUGCUAAAACUGGUAAACUCUUUUUAGUUGAUUUGGCGGGAAGUGAGAAAGUAUCUAAAACAGGAGCUGAAGGAAAAAUCUUAGAUGAAGCUAAAGGUAUUAAUAAAUCAUUAUCUGCUUUGGGUUAAGUUAUUAAUGCAUUAACAGAUGGUAGUUAACAUGUACCAUAUAGAGAUUCUAAAUUAACAAGAAUAUUAUAAUGUUCUUUUGGUGGUAAUAGUAGAACAACAUUAAUUAUUACUUGUUCUCCUGCUUAAUUUAAUUUAUAAGAAACUCUAUCUACUUUAAGAUUUGGUGUUCGUGCUAAAGCUAUUAAGAAUAAACCAAAAAUUAAUAAGGAACAUACAGUUGAAGAGCUUAAAAUUAUAGUUUAAGAGAAAGAGAAAGAAAUCUUAUUAUUAUAAGAAUAAUUAUCUUAAUAUAAAAUGGGAAUGGUAAUUAGUGAAGAAGAUAAGGAGAUGAUUAAGGAAAUUUAAGAAGAUAUUCUACUUGAAUAACCAAAUAGUAAUGAAUAAUUAUUCAAUAUGUAAUAAAUAAUUACAAAAUAUGAAUAAGAAAUAGAAAUUUAUAAAUAGUAGGAGUUUACAUUUUAAUAAAGAGAAUUAGAAUUUAUAAAUAAGAUAAGAUAAAAAGAAGAUGAAAUGCAAGAAAGUUUAAAUAUUAUCCUAAUAUAUUAUUUUAGAAAUGUAAGAUUUUGAAACUCAGUAUGCUAAACAGGAAAGUGAAUUUAAAAUAAAAUAAACUCAUUUGUAUAGACUUUUAUCUUAAAAAUUGGGUUAGAUAGGAGAUGAUUCUUAUAUUGAUGAUGAAUAAAUAUCAAUUUUAAUAGAGAAUUAUGCUAAAGAAAAGGUUACUUCUAAAUUAAAAUAAAUUACAUAUUUAUAUAAGAAACAUCAUAAGGAUAAUUUAAAUGAUUAAAUGUUAAUGUAUUUAACAGAAGAUAAGAAAGAAUUUAAUAUUCAUAGUAAUAAAAUUAAUAAUAAAAAUAUUAGAUGAUUAAUUAGCUGAAUUACAUAGAUAAGUUGCAUUAUUAAAAAAAUAGAAUCUUGAAUUACAAACAGAUUCUAGUACUUAAUCUUAAUUGUUAGAAACAUUAGAAAAAACAUAAUAAUUAUUAGAUUCUGAAAAAGUAAGAUGUUAAAGAUUAGAAUAUACAUUAAAUAAAAGUAUUUAAUAUAUUUAAUUAAAGAUAAUAAAAUAUAUAAUGAAAAAUGUAAAGAGUUAAAUAAUAAUAUAGAAAAAAUGUUAUCUGGAGUUCAUUAAGUAAUUAAUGAAAAAUAAAAAUAUUAUAGAGAUUGUCAAAAAUUAAAAAAGAUAUGUGAUGAAAAGAAUUUAAAAAUACAAGUAUUAAUAUUAUAUAAAUAUUUUAUAUAGAAAUUAUUAGAUGAAAUUAAUAGACUUAGUGUAGAAAAUUAGAAAUUAUUCGUUAAAUAUGAUUAAUUAAAAGAAUUAUAAAAGUUAGAAAAAAGUUCAUAUCUUGAUACUUCAGAAGUGAACUCUUCAUUUCGAUAAAAUAAGAAAAUUCAUAAAUGUAUAAAAGGAGGCACUAAAAAUUAAAUUACAGAAUAAGUAAUAAAUAAGGAAAAUAUUUCUGAUGAAGAAUAAUGA